AAUUUGUAUGCUAGUGUUUAUGCAGCGCUUGCAAGACAAACACAUAUACCUGCUAGUGUUUGUGAAACAGCGUCUGUGUUUAUUUCUGCUAAUUGGGAGCACGUUUAAUUUUGCUCACCUUAAUUUUAGUUGCCUUGGUUUUCUCACAACAUAGAGGAAUUAACUUAUUGUUUCAAAAACCGCCUCACUUACAUUUGGUGAGGGGGAAGAUGGAGCAGUACACAACUACAAGUGGGGAACAAAUUGUUGUGCAGGCUGCUAAUGGGCAGAUCCAGCAACAGGCUCAGGGCACUGUAACAGCAGUACAACUGCAGACAGAAGCAUCUGUCGCUACGGCAACGGGCCAGCAAGUACAGACACUCCAGGUACUCCAGGGCCAACCCCUUAUGGUGCAGGUGAGUGGUGGGCAGCUGAUUACAUCCUCAGGUCAGCCCAUCAUGGUACAGGCCAUGUCAGGUGCUCAGGGGCAGACCAUCAUGCAGGUGCCUGUUUCUGGAGCUCAGGGCCUUCAACAGAUCCAGUUGGUUCAGCCGGGUCAGAUUCAGUUGCAGGGAGGUCAAACUCUGCAGCUACAGGGUCAGCAGGGUCAGGCUCAACAGAUCAUCAUACAGCAGCCUCAGACAGCCAUCACCACAGGCCAGAGCCAGGUCUCACACACACACCUCAAAUUCCUCUCUGAUCUUCAAAAUGGGCAGCAGAUCACAGUUCAGGGACAGCAGGUUGCCCAGACAGCUGACGGACAAACUAUUGUAUACCAGCCUGUGAAUGCUGAUGGCACAGUUCUACAGCAGGGCAUGAUCACUAUCCCAGCAGGGAGUCUGGCGGGAACUCAAAUCGUCCAGGCGGGGGGCACUAACACGUCCACGACCAACAGCGGUCAGGGAACAGUCACUGUUACCCUGCCGGUAGCCGGCAACAUGGUGAACGCUGGGGGAAUGGUCAUGGUAAGACCUUCUGAUGAGAUGAUGCCAGGUGGUGGUGCUGUACCGACCAUACAACGAAUCCCUCUCCCAGGGGCCGAAAUGCUCGAAGAAGAGCCGCUUUACGUAAAUGCCAAACAAUACCACCGUAUCUUAAAGAGACGUCAAGCCAGAGCCAAGCUGGAGGCAGAGGGCAAGAUCCCUAAGGAAAGAAGGAAAUACCUUCACGAGUCACGUCACAAGCACGCCAUGCAGCGGAAGCGCGGCGAUGGGGGGCGUUUCUUUUCGCCUAAAGAGAGAGAAGAAAUGGCCUUGGCCAUGCAGGUGAGAGCGCAGGGCCAUGUCAAGGAAGAAGACCAUCACAAUGCCACUGAAUUCAUGAACUCGCAUUGGCUGCCCGAGCACACCCAGCCCCUUGCAUAGAUGCUCAUCUCUGCUUUCAUUGAACUCUUCGGUUCUUCCUGCUGUGAUUUUCUCUCAUUGGCUGCUCUUGCAUUGGAUGACCUUUUGCUUGGCUGCUCUAUGCUUAUUGGUGUCCUGAGUCCAAGUGUGUUUUGUGAUUGUUAAAGCAUUGUUCAUAGUUAAGUGUUUGCAUGCGAAAGUCUCAGCCAUGUGGUGGUCUGUAUAAAGUGUGUGGUGUGUCUGUCUAUUUUUAAAUCUGCUGUAUUUAACAAGAACAAGAGAUGAUCACGUUCCCGUCUUUAUAUAAUCAGAAUGAAAUGUUCUUUAACAUCUGAUCUUCACAUGGCUUGACUGAUAUUCCUUCACAUACAACUGAUACAGCUCAUGUGGACUUCAAAGCGCUGAGUAGAGCACAGCAGGUUAAACAAAGCAUGAACACAUUUCAGUUUUUGUGAAAUCACUGCAUGCCAGAAAAGAAGAAAAUGAAUUUGAGGGACCAGUUUAUAAGAAAUGUAUGCAUUUUGAAUAUUUUUUUAUUUUGUUGUCAUUCAUUUUAUAUUCUUAUUACAUUUUUUAUUGACUCACCUUUGCUUUUUUAUUUUGCUGGAUGGAUGCUUGUGCUAUCCCUUGCCUUGCUUUUCCUGCAUAUGCAUCUUGGUUCAUGUUUGUCACACAUUGUGAUUGUUUUUUUAAUAUGUGAAUAUUGUAAUUUAGUAAAAAUGACUGACUUCCAGACUUUUUCGAGGGAAGCAACAUAAUUUGCAACCAAAUUAAACCAUGCUUCACUGUGCAUC